AUGGCGCACCACGGCUUGCAAGCGAUCAAGUACGUGCGGGGCAAGCUUGAAGUGCUCGACCAGAUAAAGCUACCCCACGAAUUCGCCUACGACAACGUGUCGACCUGCGAGGAGGCCUUUGAAUGUAUCAAGGCCAUGCGCGUGAGAGGUGCCCCCGCUAUUGCUAUCGUUGCAGCUCUCGCGUUGGCGGUGGAGUUGGAGCAUGCGAAGGAUGUUCUAGGAGCGACUUCUGCAGAGGACCUCGUGAGGUUCAUCGAAGCCCGCCUGGACUACUUGAUGGGCUCACGCCCUACGGCCGUCGACCUCUCGAACGCCAUUACGCUUCUCAAAUCGCGAACAACGUCUGCCUCUUCCAUCUGCUGCUCCUCCUCCUCCUCCUCCUCCUCCUCCUCCCCGGUCACUGCCAUAUCCGAGAUCCGUACUGCGUACAUCGAAGCUGCAGAGAAGAUAUUAGAGGAUGAUUUAGCGACGAACAGAAAGAUUGGCCGCUACGGCGCUGAGUAUCUGAGGAGACAACAGGAGCCGGUCGUCACGCCGGUGGAUGGUACGGAUGAGUUGCGGUACUAUACGACAAGUCCGCCGGGGACGCAGGGCGCGCUGGAUUGCACGUAUAGGAAGAUCAGCGUGUUGACGCAUUGUAACACUGGCUCCCUGGCCACCUCUGGCCAUGGCACCGCCCUCGGCAUAAUCCGCUCCCUACACAGCAUGAACUACCUCUCGCAUGCCUUCUGCACCGAAACGCGCCCUUAUAACCAAGGCUCACGGCUCACAGCCUUCGAGCUCGUUUACGAGGCCAUCCCCUCCACCCUCAUCACAGACUCCAUGGCUGGCGCGCUCUUUGACCGCUACAAGGAAGAGAAGAACAUCAUGGCUGUGAUCGUAGGCGCGGACCGCGUCGCCCGCAACGGCGACACGGCCAACAAGAUCGGGACCUACGCUCUCGCGGUACUGGCGCGCUACCACGGCAUCAAGUUCAUCGUGGCGGCACCCACGACCUCCAUCGACCUGCUCACGCUCACCGGGGCAAGCAUCAAGAUCGAAGACCGCGCCGGCAGUGAACUGACGCAGGUCACCGGCGCGGUCGUCGGACCCGACGGCAACGUCGUCCCAGGCGAGACGCACAGGGUGGCGAUCGCGGACCAGCGGAUCGCGGUGUGGAACCCGAGCUUCGACGUGACGCCGCACCAGCUGAUCGACGCGAUCAUCACAGAGGAGGGGGAGGUGGUGCGCAACGCGAGGGGCGAGUUCACGUUCGAGGGGGUGAUGCCGGAGCGGUGGGCGCAACAAGUGGGGGGAGUUAGAGCACCCAUAGAGAUGAUCGGGAAGCUAGGCACGAGCGAGGAGAGCACGCAAUUUCCCAUGGAUCAGGUAUGA